UGGCCGUGGGUACCGAAAAUCCCAAGAACGAAUUGAGUACGUGACCCGAUUUCAUUUAUGCGUCUUCGAGUUCGAUCGCUAGAUUUUGGAUUUUGUUGCAAGCGCAUCUCAUUCAUGUCGGCCAUUUUACUGAUAAUGUUUUCUCGUUACGAACAGUUUCAUCGUGGUGAAUAAUAACUAAUUAAAACGCGAAUCUAAGCUAGUUUAAUAAAAAUAAAUGAAUAGAAACAGUGACAUUUCGUUAAAUAUGGUGGUGUGGACUUUCUUGUGAAACUUGUGUUUCGGUGACGAAACCGUGUUUAUUCGGACUUGUGUGAGCGUAAAAUAUAUUGACAAUGUCGUCGGCCGGGGACGAAGCUGGGCAUUCCGGGAAUGGCAAUGCUAUACAAACGUUCCGCCCUACGUGGGACGAGUUUAAAGACUUCAACAAGUACAUACAGUACAUGGAAUCGAAAGGUGCCCAUAAGGCAGGGCUCGCCAAGGUGAUCCCUCCGCCUGAGUGGGUUCCGCGGAAGAAUGGCUACGACUUGGAACAGCUUAACAUCACGAUACCGUCGCCGAUAUGCCAAGUGGUGACCGGGAAGCAGGGGUUAUUUCAACAAAUCAACAUACAGAAGAAAUCUAUGACAGUCAAACAGUUUGCAGUGAUGGCUAACUCUGCUAAGUAUUGUACGCCCCGGCAUACCAACUUCGAGGACCUUGAGAGGAAGUAUUGGAAGAACGUGACGUAUGUGGCUCCGAUAUAUGGUGCCGAUGUCAACGGCAGCAUCACAGACCCUGACGUCAAAGAGUGGAACAUCAACCACCUCGGCACGAUCCUCGACUUCGUUAACUCGGACUACGGUAUCGAAAUCGACGGUGUGAACACAGCUUAUCUCUAUUUCGGUAUGUGGAAGACUACAUUCGCUUGGCACACUGAAGAUAUGGAUCUUUAUUCUAUAAACUAUCUUCAUUUCGGAGAGCCAAAAACCUGGUAUGCAAUCCCACCUGAACAUGGAAAGAGGUUUGAGAGAAUCGCAGCCGGCUUCUUCCCAACUUCGGCUAAAACUUGCCAAGCAUUUCUAAGACACAAAAUGACUCUGAUAUCGCCUCAGAUUUUGAAACAAUACUCUGUACCCGUUAGUAAAAUAACACAGGAAGCAGGUGAGAUCAUGAUAACUUUCCCAUUCGGUUAUCACGCUGGCUUUAAUCAUGGUUUUAACUGUGCCGAGUCCACAAACUUUGCUGCGCCUAGAUGGGUAGAGUAUGGCAAAAGAGCCAACCAGUGUACGUGCAGUAAUGAUAUGGUGAAGAUAUCUAUGGACACAUUUGUGAAGAGAUUCCAACCCGAUCGCUACGAACUAUGGCUCAAAGGUCAAGAUAUAGGCUGCCACCCAGAACAGCCAGAAAAAAUGGUACCAGCCCCACAUCCUUCUGGCCAAGAUAUACUGUGCAACAAAAAUAAUACUGAGCUUCCUGAAUCAUUUAUAGAAGCAGAAGAAGAAGGGUUGAAAAAGAAAAAGAGACAUCCUUUACAUUUGAAGAGAGCAAUGGCUAGCAAGAGCAUAUCUGAAGGUGCUAUCGCUGUGUCUAUUCUCGGGCAUGAUGUCAUGGAUGAUGAUGAGAUGACGAUGGCUGAAGGAGACUUAGACAUGAUGACCUCAAUGAAACGCCCCAUGAUGCCACUAGACCCUGAUGACACUCAGUUAGCUGCUCUUGAAGAUAUUUGGCUGAAAGGAGACGAAAUGGACCCAUCAGAGGCAACUCUACCUGAUAUCGGUUACAUCGACUCAGAUAGAGACUCCGAUUAUGUUGCACCAAGUAAAAAGACAAAGUCAAAGAAGAAACGUAAAGAAAGCGUCAAAAAGGAGCCGAAAGAAAAAAGUAUCAAAGAAGAAUUAACAGAACUUGGUGAAGCCGUACCGCAGACGAAAAAGACACGCAGAAAAAUGCAAACGAAAAAAUUAUCUAGUGAACAGUUGGAAGAUAUGGCUGACGUUGUGUCCACCUGGGAGUCCCCGCCGCAUACUGAGGAAACUGUGCCGGUCGAUCAAAUCCCAAUGCCUGGUGAAGACCCUCUCAAUGACUCUACACAAUCACAGACAAAUAACACUAGUAUAACCACAGAUACUACUGGUGAUACAAACACACCACAAGAAAUCAAAAAGGAACCGAAGCCAAAACAAAAACGUAAACCAAAAGAAAAAUCAGACACAGAGAAGACAGAAAAACCGAAAAAGGAAAGAGUAAAGAAGGAACCCGUCAAACGACAACCGGUUGUCAAAAAAGAGAAGGUCGAAGGCGAAAUAAAAUUGAAGAAACCUCGGAAACCUCGACAGCCAAAAUUCAACCCAGCUUUUGCGUACAACUCACCGUUACAACCAGUAAUGGGAAGCCAGACUAAAUUAUACGGACAGCCUGACGAACAUAAACCUUCUACAGUGACUUCCAACUCGCCUGAAGCGGUUAAAACUCAGUCAGCUCACCAUUUACCAAACCCACCCAAAGUAUAUCCUGGCCUUCUUAACACCAAUUUAAGAGUACCAGCCAUCGUACAACCGAUUGACAAAAACCCUAACGCUUUUCAAGGUGAAUUCCACAAAUUCAUGACAAGUGCAGCCAAAGUCAUAGAUAUAACUCCGCCCAGACAACCAAAACCACCAAGAAAAACUGCACCCAAGAAAGCGCCUGCAGCCAAAACUCAUCCCCAACAGCAAUCAAAAAUUUCAAUGCAAAACUUUAACGAAGUACCAUCACCAAUCGGGCAGUAUAACGACAGUAUAUUCGUUGAAACACCAAUAGAUUACAGAACGUAUACGCCUCAAAACCAACCACCAAAUCUGGAACGACUUCACGAUAACAUCAAUCUUAACAUGAGCUAUUCUGAACGGAUGCCGUGGCGGCCAGAUUUCUACCAGAACCAACAAGUUUUACAUAAUAUGCAGCCAAUGUAUGGGCAAAUGAACUCAAAUCAGUACUUCAGAAGCCCGUACCAAUCACCGUGGUAUGGUUACCAGAAAGCGUGCCUAAACGUGCUGACGAAGCAAGAGGCGUCGCCGUGCGUGGAGAAGGAGGAAGUGAAGGUCGAGGUGGAGAGGUUCAUUGACCUCGCCAGGCAGAUGGAGGCGUUCUUCUUACAGAAAAGGUUCCUGUUAUCAGCAAUGAAGCCAGAGCUGCUGGUGAAGGAAGACAACAACGAGCUGAAGUGUGAGCUGCAGAGGAAGGAGGAGCUGCUGCGGCGGCACUACGACAAGAUCAGCCAGUGGCAGAACCUCCUCGCUGACUUGCAGACGCCGCAGCCCGCGCUGCAGCAAGCCGCGUCGCCGAUGCCGACGCCGUGCGGCGUGCCGCAGCCCGUGCAGCAACACCCGCAGGCGCCCAAAGCCGAGUUCAGCUCGCCGCUCACGGUGCAGCAAAUGGCAGCCGCGGCGGCAGCGCAGCAAGCGGCGGCGUUGCAGCAGCAAGCGAUGCAGCAACAGCAGAUGCAGAACAGCCUGGCGCAAGGCAUGUUCAUGGCGGGAGGUCGCGGCGGGUACGGCGGCGCGGCGUUGCAGGGACCCCUGGCUUACCUGGAGAAAACUGCCACCAAUAUAGACAUGGUGGGUCUGGGCGACGGGCGCAGGUGACGCGGCCGCGGGAGGGGCAGGGGCCGGGGCCGCGGCAGAGGCCGAGGUCGUGGCGCAUCCCCUGAGUAUGGCGGCAGCAUGACGCCGCCGUAGCGACCCUCCCGGCGCGCCGCGCUCUGUCUCUCUCACACACCACCACACAA